AUGGCAAGUGAUCAGAACAUAGCAGUAACCCCAGAUCAAGCGAUGAUAAGCAACAACCUGACGUCGGGAACAAGCCUCGUUACUACCACACAGUCUCCCCCGGCCGUUACUAGGUCACUAGACCUGGAGUUCGAGGCGGAAGGACCACCGCCAGGUUUUGGCAGCAUCACCACUGUCUCUUCUCAGACUGUGGUGACGGAUCCGUUCCUUUACUUGCCCUCACAGUUGCAAUCGAGGGGGCCAGGGGGAACUAGCGGUAACAUGUUCACCCCAGCGACAACCACUGGUGCACAGUCGUCACGCCUUGGCUCCAUUCCCCUUAUUACAUGGGCAAACCCUAGCACCAUCAUUCCACAAACCAGCAUGCCCCAAUACUAUCAACUUCUGGUUACCAGCUCGAUGCCGCCGCUGUACUCUGCGGCGCUUACAGCGGCAUUGUCAACACCACCUCACCAACCGGUUAUCAUGCCGGCCGGAAUUAUGAACGCUCCCGUCACACCAGGAAACCAAGUAUACUUUCCCGGGUAUUGUUAUGCACCCCCAUAUGGGUAUUUACCCUCAUACGGAGGCUCAACGUACCCACCUCAAGGAACCACGCAGGGUAGCACUCAAUCGCCAUACGCGGCUUACAUGCCGCCUUGGUGGGCUUUUCCAGCGUCACAACCAGUUUACACUCAGACUCCGCCAACGGCGGAACUUGUUUAUGACAGAGGAAACGCGGUCAGGCCCCGGGUCUCUCCAAUAGGAAGCUCCAAUCCCAUGCCAGACAUCGUCCUGGGUAUAGACACUCCUCCGGUACAACCUAUAAAUGUGGAAGAAGACAAACUCACCAGACCGUACAAGCCGAUAGACGCGACUUUCCGGUCUAAGUUCACCAGAAGAAUAGCCGAGGCCCCUAUCAAGGAGAAACCCAAGAUGCCUCAAACGGUUGGCAAAUAUGAUGGCCUAGGCGACCCAGAUGACCAUCUCAACUUAUUCAAAAGUGCCGGCGAGGUAGCCUGUUGGUCCAUGCCUUUAUGGUGCAAAAUGUUCGUGCAAACGCUAGUAGGCGCGGCCCGAGUCUGGUGGGAUAGUCUGCCUACGGGCGAGAUAGACAGUUUUGAAGAUUUAGAAUCCAAAUUUAUCCUACAGUUCAGCCAGCAGCGUAGACACACGAAAGAUAGAAACGAGCUCCUCCACAUCCGUCGGCGAGACAAUGAGACGGUGGAAAACUUUAUUAUCAGGUUCAAUAAGGAAAGCCUAGCAAUCCCAGGCGUGACAAAUGAUUUAGCAUGUGGAGCCUUCCUUCAAGGUGUAAACGAUGAUGAGUUGUUGAGGACGCUUCAUGGAAGGGACGGCGUGCCCCCAACAAUCGAUGAAAUACUUCGAAUAGCCAAAGUUUAUGUCAUACAAGAGAAGGCAGUGGCAGCUAGUCACGCGGCCAAUAGGAAAAAAGAAGCUCUAAAAAAUCAGGAGGAAAGAGAGCACCGGGGGUCUAGAGGUAAAGGCAGGGGAGACCGAUACCAAAGGAAUGAUAAAGCGGACACGCGGUACGAUAGACACCGAAAUUCCUAUUCAAGAAGCGAGCCGUCGAAACCUCGAUCCGAAUACCCCAACCUGAGCAAGACACCGGCAGAAAUCUUAGCCUCGGAAAACUUCAAGUUCAACCCUCCAAAACUGCUGAAAGAUAAUCCCAACAAAGAUACGACUAAAAAACAGAUCGAAUAUUUUGUAAAGGUGGGCAAAUUGGCACACCUAGUAAGAGAUAUCAAGCAGGGUCCACCUGUCGUCAAGGAAGAAAACGAUAAGGCGGCAGGCAAGAGGCCGCAGGAAUUGAAUAUGGUACAUGCGGAUAUGGGAAAAGGGGCAAAACGGAGUUUCUCCACGCUUGAACCCUGGAUGUUAGCAACAAUGACUAUAGAACCUCGUAUGGAGGACUUACACCUUACAACUGAUGCCCUAAUCAUAUCCGCUGCAGUGGGAGAUUACCGCAUGAGGCGAAUGCUGGUUGACACCGGGAGCUCAGAAGACAUUAUCUAUGAGCAUUGCUUCAACAGAAUGCAACCAGAAGAUAGGAAACUGCUUGAAUCAGUGCAUGCUCCCAUUAAAGGGUUCACAGGGGAAAAGGUUGACCCUAUUGGUCAGAUUACCUUCCCGGUAACAUUUGGACAAGAACUCAGAGAAAGAACCAUACUCCUAACCUUCCUUGUGGUCCGCGCUGAGUCAUACCACAAUGUGAUUAUCGGAAGGUUCACCCUGGGGAAGUUGGAUGCUAUAGUUUCUACAGCACGAGGAUUCAUGAAGUUCCCUACCCCGCGGGGUAUUGCAACAGUGUUCCGUGACAAGAUUGGAGAGGUAUUAAAUACCAAAAGAUGCCGCCAAGGGCCCACUGGAGCUACGGGUCCAGAAAGGUGGGUACUAAGCACACGCCAUCCGGACCAAAUGGUCACAAUCGGGGACACCCUUUCUCCAGAAAUUAAAAACGACCUGAAGCAAUUGCUAAGAAGAAAUGUUGAUAUCUUCGCUUUCGAACAUUCUGACAUGACAGGAGUCCCCCGCGAUAAAGCAGAGCACAAGCUAGCAACGCUCCCGGGCAUCAAGCCGGUCGCACAAGGUAAACGCAGUAUGGCCCCAGAUCGAAAGGCAACGGUUGUCAAAGAAGUACGAAAAUUGGUGGAAGCGGGAAUCCUCAGAGAAACACAAUACCAUACAUGGGUAGCCAACCUGGUAAUGGUAAAAAAGCCAGACGGAACGUGGCGAAUGUGCAUUGAUUUCAAAGAUUUAAACAAAGCAUGCCCCAAAGACGCGUACCCACUGCCUGAAAUUGAUUUUAAGGUCGAUUCCCUGGUGCCUUACAGAUAUAAGUGUUUCCUAGACGCAUAUAAAGGGUAUCAUCAGAUCAAGAUGUCCAAAGAAGAUGAAGAAAAAACGGCGUUUCACACCGAUGUGGGCAUUUUCUAUUACACAAAGAUGCCUUUCGGUUUACGAAAUGCUGGAGCUACCUAUCAGAGACUCAUGGACAAGGUGUUCGAAACACAAAUCGGACGAAAUUUGGAGGUCUACGUCGACGACCUAGUAAUCAAAAGCAGGGAAGAAAAGCAAAUGUUAGAGGACAUUGAGGAAACUUUCCAAAGGCUUAGAGAGUAUAACAUCAAGCUCAACCCAAAGAAAUGCUCUUUCGGGGUAGAAGAAGGGAAGUUCCUAGGGGUAGUUGUCACCCGAGAUGGUUUUAAAGCUAACCCAGAAAAGGUGGCCGCCAUAGCACGGAUGCCUUCCCCACGAACAUUGAAGGAAGCCCAAGCUUUAAAUGGACGGCUAGUGGCGAUCAACAGAUUCCUGGCAAGGCAUGCUGAGAAAUCCUUGCCUUUCAUUAAAACGUUGAAAGAUUGCCUCAACAAGAAGAAUUUCAAACGGACCAGCGAAGCGGAAAAAGUCUUGCAAGACAUGAAGCGUUUCAUAGAAGGACUACCCAUGCUGACAGCACCAAGGCCUAAUGAGGUGUUAAAGAUGUAUUUAGCAGCAGCUCACACCGCAGUAAGCGUUGUGCUUAUGGUAAAGCGAGAUGGGAGACAAACGCCAAUAUAUUACAUCAGCCGGGUAUUGGCGGGACCCGAAACGCGAUAUCCCACGCUGGAAAAGCUGGUUUUAGCACUUGUACACGCCACGCGGUGA